CGUCGCCUCUUUUAUUGUGCAGUCAGGUUCAGCUCCAUUCAAGUGUUAAACUUUCUGGUUGUCAGAACAAACUCAACAGUAACCAAGACAAUGUCGGCUGUACGAAGUUUGGAUGUUUGGUUUUACGUUGUGGUUGGAUAUUGUCUUCUUCAGGUUGUACAACUUCAAGGACAAUACACAUGCCACUGUGCUGAGUGGUGUGGCCAGAACAACAUCAACGAAUACAGAUGUCGGUCAUGUGUAGAAGGAUUCUACGGACCGUAUUGCCAGAAGGAAAACGUCGCUUUACACAGGCCGACUACUCAAUCACCAGAGUGCAGGUAUUAUGAAGCUGACGCCUCUCUAGCUGUGGAUGGUGACACUACGACACUAUUUGGAAACGUUCGAUAUAAACACAAAUGCACGUGUGCUCGGACGUAUCCCCUACGCCUAUACAGUGGAGAGUUGAUUUGGGAAAACAGUAUCAACUUCACAAGAUAAACAUAUUCAACACGAAGGGAAAUGAAAAGAGACUCAAGGGAUUCAAAAUUUACAUUGAUAACAGCAACACACCGUGUUACCAAUGGACACGUCAGUCUAAUCCACCAGAAGUGUUUGAUGUAAUCUGUGACGCACAGGGACAAUUUGUGACGUUUCAACUUCCAAGUCCUACAUAUCUUCAAUUGUGUGAAGUUCAGAUUUUCGUGUGUACAGAUUACUGGUAUGGUGACAACUGUGAUAAAACGUGUAACUGUGGAAAUCAGAACGAGAUUUGUGACAAGAGGACAGGAUUGUGUAAAUCUGGAUGUCCAGUCGGGCGGACUGGUGUAGCUUGUGAAUUGUGUGACCAAGGCUAUUAUGGAACCAACUGCAGUGAGACAUGUGGUAACUGUGUAAAUGGCAGCACAUGUCAUAACGUGACUGGGAGUUGUCCUGGUGGGUGCAGUGCUGGAUGGAGAGACGACACGUGUAAAAGAGCAUGCGAAGAUGGUUAUUAUGGUGCUAAAUGCAAUAACAGUUGUGGUCACUGUUUAAAUGGCAACACAGCAUGUAACAAAGUGACAGGAUAUUGUCAUGAUGGGUGCGGUGCUGGAUGGAAAGGAGAUACAUGCAAGAUAGAAUGCAGCAACGGAACACAUGGAAAAAACUGCGAGCAAACCUGUAGUAAUUGCAAGGAGUCAAACUGUGAUCGUUUUAAUGGUACAUGUGUUAAUGGGUGCAUUGCCGGGUAUGCCAACCCCGACACAGGAUGUGUAGAGAAAUUUGUUGCGGGUGAUAACACAGUAGGAGUCGCUGCAGGUGGAGCAGCAGCUGCUAUAGCUGUGAUUGUUGUGGUGAUCAUCGCAGUGGUAUUUUGGAAGAGACGACAUAAGAAAGAAAGCAGUGUUAAAGAAGACUUCACAGAUUUGAAAUGCAUAUCACCUCCACCGCAUAAAGGUGAGAUCAGUUGACUACGUAUUUUAACUAAAUUGUAUCUACCGUUAAGAUGAA